UCAGAAAUUAGUUGUUUGGAUACAUUUGUUUGGAAUGCAUGGCGGUUUGCGCAGUACCGGCAGAUACGAACGAACGACAUGACACCUUGACGCAUGAAUCUGGUGGAUUAUUUUCGAAAGAAAGCAAAAGAAAAAAUUACGGCGGAAAAUUGAAAAAUUCAAAAUAAUAAACAAAACGAAAAGAAACUUGUAUUUUUGUUGUCUUCAAAACAGACAAGUAGUGAUCACAACAAAAGGAUUACCACUGUGACCACAUUGUGGAGAAGAGAAAAACCCUGGAUUAAAGUAACCAUCGACUUAUCAAACGGGCCUCCAAGUGAAAAAGUGUGGCAUUAAGUCGUGUAAACAAAACACCAAGUGGAAAAGUGUGCAAAAAAUAAUGUGGAAAAUGAAAAAUGUUGAUUGAGCUACUCUGCUCCAAAGAGUCUUGCUAUGAAGUCGUGGUGUAAAUUUCAUUUUUUGUGUUUAUGACGACACUUAUGACGAUGAUACCGUUGCAAUAUUAAGCGCAAAAAUUAAAAUAUUAAAGUUUUUUUUUGUUCGGAAUUCUCAUAAAAAAGUUAUUAAAUUUUUUCUCAAAGCACACACAUUUUCAAUUAAACCGCAAACGAUUUAGUGGAUUUUAAGUGAAAAACAAACACCUUGUGAAAAUCUAAAAAUUUUUUAUUGCUACAAAAAUAAUAAUUGUUACUAAGGAGAAGCGGAGGAUUGGUGAAAAUAUUUUGUUAAUUAAAGAAACGAUUUGGAAUUUUAUUGGUGUCGUUUGCAUAAAAAGCAAUAUUUAUUUUGGCUAUGAUCAUCAAUUGGAUUGGAUAUUAUUUUUUGUUCGCUAAGCGUGGGUAUUGAUGAUCUAAACAAAAACAAAGGAGUCAACAACCCUAAAGGUAAUGAACACUCCAACGCCCAACAGCCAGCCAUCCAGCCAGCUCGAAUUCAAUGUCUUGGGAAGUGAAUUUCACAUGUCAUCAGUAGAGAUAAACAUAACAAAGGAAGAGGUAGCUGCAACAGCAACAGUAACAACAACAAUAGCAGAAGGCUAUUGAUUUUGAAUAGGAAAGAUUGGGUAUUGAGUUUUUCACAGAAUCGAAUUUGGUAUUGGCAUCAUCAGCAUCACCACAUCAUCCAUUCAAUUACCGUUAAGAGCAUUAGAUCAGCAUCACCAGCAGAGAUCAUCAUCAUCGUCCUACGCUCCAAAUGUUAUGGUUUUGGAUUGAUUGAAAAGUAAUUGAUUAGCAUGGAGGAGUUUUGAAAAGAAGAGAUCCAUAAUAAAUUCCCCAAAAGAAAAUUUUAUUAAAUUGAAUACGAUAUUGAAGUGAUAAGUAACCCCCACCCCUCCCCCCUUUGGAGCAGCUCUUAAUCGCUUUUACACAGAACUCUCAAAACGUCACCAUGAACAGCUUACGACCGACCAGCGUCUGUGACACAACACCUCUGCAGCGUCUUGAGAGCCAAAGUAGCUGCAGUGAACCAUCUUCGCCGACACUGAAUGGAGCCACACUGGCAUCAGCCUCCAUAUCUGUAGGUCUCUGCGGUGCAGCAGCAAUGGCUGCAGUAACCAGCCACCAUGCGCCAACAGACCCAGCUAGCUCCGCAACCACCACAACAGCCCUACUUGCGGCGAACGGUAAUGCCAACUGUGACAGUGGCACGGCCAAUUAUCUGGGGGCCAGCAGCACGGGUUGCGUCAGCGCUAUGGGACACAGUUCUGGCAGUGGCAUCUCAGCCUCACCAUCGUCAACAACAACGGCUAGCACAGCCAGUACAACAUUGUCAUCGCUAUCGAAUCACCAUAAUAACAAUAAUAACAACAACAAUAUUAAUCAUAGCAAUAAGAACGAGAAAAGUUUAAACAUAUUCAUCGAUUCGGUUGGAGGUGGUCGAAACGUAACAGCGACUGGAAGCAGCAUUGCCCAAAAACAUAAAAUGGAACUGCAUGGAACGAAGAAGAUAUUCUGUCGAAUUUUAUUGGAUUUUGUGUUGCUGGCUUGUGUUGGCUUACCCAUUCUCAGUUUCACACUCUGGGGUGAGGCGUAUAAGCGCGGCUUCUUUUGCAAUGAUGAUUCGUUAAUGCAUCCCUAUCAUGAAUCGACGAUGCCAAGCUGGUUGCUGUAUUUGAUGUGCUUUGUCGUACCGAUUUCAAUGAUAACAAUGUUGGAAUUUUUCAAAGCAAAUUCUCACAAAAUGCGCAGCUUUGGUAAUCUAUCGUCGAGCAAUUAUUAUUUUUGCCAUUUGGAAGUGCCGGAUUGGGCAAUUGAGUGUUACAAGCGAGUUGGCCUAUUGAUUUUCGGUUCGGGCGUGUGCGAGCUGACCACAGAUAUUGCCAAAUAUUCGAUUGGUAGGCUGAGACCACAUUUCUUUGCGGUCUGUCAACCAAUUUUACCCGAUGGUACCACCUGUGAGAAUCCCAUGAACCAAGGCCGCUAUAUUGAGGACUUCACCUGCCGUGGUUUGGAUUAUCCCGCCAAAAUUAUCAAGGAAUCGCAUUUGUCAUUUCCCAGUGGCCAUGCCAGUUUUACUUCAUUUACGAUGAUCUAUACAGCGAUUUAUUUGCACAAACGCCUGACCUGUUCACGCAGUAAAAUGUUCAAACAUUUACUUCAAUUCAUAUUUUUAAUGUUCGCCUGGUAUACAUCACUGACACGUGUUUCCGAUUACAAACAUCAUUGGACUGAUGUUCUGGCCGGAGCAUUAAUUGGCACAGCCUAUGCAAUAAUUGUGACAUCUUCCAUGUGGUAGUAAUUAAAUGCAAAAGAAAACAGCAGCAUAUGAAACACAAUUAUUUGUUGUUGGGAUUUUAUUAUGGAAAUACUUUUCUAAAUAUGGCGUGGACGUAUUAAUCUUUUUUUCCCCUAACCGGAGAUGGGAAUGUGUUAUGUUUAAUUUUGUUUUUAAGUUGGGAUUAAAUCCUCUUAUCAUUAAAUACUACUUUUUUUAGGUUUUUAAGAUUAAAUUUUUGGUUUAAUUGCUUUAAAUGAUAAAAAGAAAAUUAAUUUUUAUUUUAGAAAUAUAUUUUGUAUCAAUAUUUGGUGUAACCCAAGGCCUAAGGUUAUUUUGUUUAGAUGCCUGUUAUUGCCAUAGUUUUAUUUUAACUUUUAUCAUUUCUGUGAUUUUUUUUACAUUUUCGUUUAUUAUUUUUCUUUAAAAACUUGCAAUUCUACCUAAAAGCUUUAGUUUUUUAUUAAAUUUAUGUUUUUUUUUUUAUUUUUUUCCUUCGGCCUUACACACCUUAACCCAUUUUUUUUAUCAAAUUGUAUUUAUGGCAAUCUCAUUAAAAAUAUUUAUAUUUAUGUGUGUAUUGUGGCAUGCACAAGUAAAGUUUCUUAUAUAAUUAUAUAUUUUUUUUAAUAAUUUUUAAGUUUAAAUUAUUAUUCGCACUACAGUAAAGCAUCACAAAGUAUUUAUUCGAAAUAAGUGUACAAUGUAUUAUUUUACAGCAACAACAAUAAGAACAAAAACUUAAUAAAUAUUUCUAAUUAUAAGACAAAAGG